AUGUUUGGAUGCGUUGCAAGCCGCCUUUACUUCGACGUCUGCGCUGCUCCAGCUCGGGUCCAGGAUCUCUGCACUCGUGGCUUCGGGUCAGGAUUGGCCGUUCCAGCACAGACACGGAGGAGCGACUCGGACUUGAUAACAUGGCAAGUGAAGAAGGGCGAUGGGUACGUCAAGGAGAUGCCUUGGGCAACACAAGAGAGCAGCAACACCGGGUUUGGCUGUGGCAAUGCGCUUGCCCGAUGGUUGCGCGGCACACCGAUCGACGUGGAUUACGACUUUCGCCGGUGGCGGCGGCAUCAGGUUGCAACUCGCCACCUGCAGCUCUGGGGCCUGCGGAACGUCUUCAGGUGGGACCUCCUCCGGCGACUCAUCUUCCCAGACUUGCUUUGGUUGGGGUCCGUCUCCGGCCUGCUCUGUGUCUACAAUGUACAUAUGACGAGCCUCGCGGGCGGGAUUCUCUCACUGCCCUUAGUGAGCGUGACGCUGCCCUCCUUUGCCCUGGGCCUCCUCAUCACCUUCAAGACCCAAAGUGGGUAUCAUCGCUUCAUCGAGGGCCGCGAGCUCUGGAACGGUUUGGUCCGAGAGUCGCGCGCCCUCUCCAGCCGAAUUCUGCUCCGUGUGCCGGGAACCGCCGGCAUCGAAUGCACGCCAGUCUUCAAAUCGCAGCAGCACACCCUUAAGCUCAUCCGCAGCUUCGCCGUCUCUUUGAAGUACCACCUGACCGAGGAUGGGUGCAAUCCUCACAUCGAGCUCGGCUCUCGCACGACGGAGGAGGAGGUGCGGAAAGCCACCACCAGAGCUUUCAAGGCCGAGCUCGGCUGCAUUUGGGACACAGGCGUGUUGGAGGAGCGAGGGUUCAUUGAUCGCAUCUCCGCCACCUCUGCUGCCAACCGCCCACUGCAGAUCUUGCACGAGAUCGAACACUUAAACAGCUCCGUCUUCUGCGUGCCGAAGCUGGGAGGCCUCGACCCACCGGCAGCCAACGAAGUCGACCGCAGCAUCACGAAGCUCCAGAAUGUGUUGGGCGCUUGCGAGAAGAUCUUGCGAACGCCCAUCUACACGCCCUACACGCGCUUCACCAGCCGAUUCCUGUUCAUCUGGUGCAACCUCCUCCCGCUGGCGCUCUUUCCCGUGGUUGGUCCGGACCUGACAGUGCCACUCACACUGACCAUCUCCUUCUUCAUGCUAGGCAUCGAGGACAUCGGCUCGCGUGUGGAGCAGCCCUUUGACGUGCUGCCGCUGUGGCAGUACUGCGAGGAGAUCGACACCUCGCUGGAUCAACUCCUGGAGCACAGCCGCGCCUUAGGACGUCUGCCUCAGUUGGCCGAGAACCCGCAGGAUAAAUUCAUCCGCGAGAAACUAGGCCCAUUCGUCAGCAGCAUCUCAGUGUGA